AUGGCGGCAGCCAUCAGCCGCUCUGCGGCCAGUGAAGCUCUGCACAGGCGAGAAUACUUUUUCGUCGGCGGCGAAUACGUCAACACGACGACCGGGACGCUACGACAGAACCAAAUGUACGUGGAAAAGUUGACUCCGGCCGCAAAUUCUUCGCAGCCGUACCCCCUGAUACUGUUCCAUGGGGGCUCUCAAGAUGGUACCAAUUGGCUGAAUAAGCCCGACGGCGGCGUGGGCUGGGCGUCAUGGUUUCUGGAUAAUGGUUACGAGGUCUAUAUCGUCGACGAGCCAUCGCGUGGCCGGUCGGCGUGGAAUGCCGCAGCUGGGUUCCCGACCACCACUUUCUCGGUCGAGGUGAUCACUUCUCGGUUCACCGCGACUCUGAAUUCUACCGCGUGGCAGCAGGCCAAGCUGCAUACUCAGUGGCCUGGUUCGGGAGUCCCUGGCGAUCCCGUAUUCGACACCUACUACGCUUCUGUAGUCCAAGGCAUCGCCAACAACACGGAGCAAGAGCAGGCGGUGCGCGAGGCGGGCAUAGCGCUGCUCGACCAUGUCGGACCAGCCGUGGUGGUGACGCACUCUCAAGGUGGUCCCUAUGGGUGGUCGCUGGCAGACGCGCGGCCGUCUCUCGUCCGGGCCCUGAUCCAGAUCGAACCCAAGGGACCGCCGUUCCGCGAGGAAAUCUUCUCCUCCGACUAUACGCGGCCCUGGGGCCUGACCUCGAUCCCGCUGACCUAUGACCCUGUGCCCACUAACCAGUCGGCGCCGCUGUCCAUGCACCUCGUCCCCUCCGACUCUGCCAACCUGACCGACUGCAUCCUGCAGGCUGAGCCGAUUCGUCAGCUGCCCAACUUGGCCAAGGUUCCAAUAUUGGUCGAGACGGGCGAGGCCUCAUAUCAUGCUGCCUACGACCAUUGCACCGUUGCUUUCCUCCGACAGGCUGGUGUCCAGGUCGAACAUCUCGAGCUGGGAAAGGCCGGGAUACAUGGCAAUGGACAUAUGCAAUUUAUGGAAUUGAACAGUGACGAAAUCGUUACCAAGCUCCAUGCGUGGAUUCUCACCUCAAUUCAAGGUUGA